ACUGUCGGUAAAGGGGUGGUCCACACAAACAUUCGUGUGCUAAGUCUCAGCCAUAUCUGUGAUAAAUGGAAAACAAAUCGUCCGGUUGUCAGAUUUCUUACUUUCACCAUUUAUCAACUUAAGAUUUGCCACGAUUUCGUUCUGGUUGUUUGUAUUGCGUAAAUGAUCUUGCAGUUUAGGCCUGCGUCUUGUUUGAGAAGUAUUAUCUUGUUGGUUUUUAGUUGCUCGUGCAAGAAAAUAUCUUGCUAGUGUUUAGACAUAAUGGCGUCAAUGAAAAGUACAAAACAACUUGGGAGUAUAACCUUUAAACGAAACAUGCAGAGACGAAUAGCAGAAAGGACUCUCACAUUUGUACUAUGCGUCUUCAUCUACUAUCCGUUUUUCAUCUUCGGCAUGCUCAUGACCUACUUGGCUCGUCUUACCUGCAUGUUUAAAAUAUGGACAGGGAUCGGUUACAAAGAAUACGGAAAGCUUGGAAAUAUCAGCAGGAAAAAUCCGAUCAGCGAUAUUAUUGAAGUUUCUACAAAGGAAGAACUGUCGUUCAUAAAACAUAGAAGUCCAACCUAUCUGUACCGAAUGUCUGUGUGGACGGCCCGAGAGCUUUCGAAAUACCUACUUCGCGGUCAAACUACUGGCCUUAUAUCCGAGCAAGACCUUUGCUACUCACUGCUCUGCAGCGUCUUUGCACAUUCUCUCACAUGGGAGAAAGACAGUGAGAUGUACAGGAUGAAAAUGGAAGGUUUUGACGAUUUCUACUUGUUCAGGGGGUUUUAUUGGGACGCUAGAGAAGUGUGGUUUAGCAAAGACUGUACAAAGAUGAAGCUCGUAUUCACUGGUGAUCGGGAAAUAUCGUGGCCUUGCGAAGGAAAGCAGAUGGCCGAGUGGAAACUAGCAAAGCUACAUGCUCAAGUGUGCUUGACUUACUAUGCACCCGGGCUUUCACACAACCAUGUUCACUUCGUCUUCCCCUCUAGUAUGACAAUGGUGAUCAAGCGAUAUCUCAAACCCACAAGUUUCCUCUUCCGAUUUUUAAAACCAUUUUUUCAGUUCACUGAGAGAAUCAACCAUCAGGCAUUGAACGUUUGCAAGGCAACGAACAACAAGAGGUCGAUCCUAGACAGACAUUUCUUCUUUUGGCAGCCGAUCCCCAUCACAGUUGAGCAGUUUGUUGAAGGAGUUGCCAAGAAAUGCCACCAGUACUAUCACUCAAACCACGCUCAACAUAAAAAGGAAAAAGAAACAAACCAAGAGCUUCCAGCUCAUUGCAACUUCCCCCCACCCUAUGUGUCUGACCCCAAGCUACAAGAAAUACCCUACCUACGGUUUCUGGCUGUCUACUAUGAUGUAAUACGGAAGUUCGUUGCAGCAGUUGCUCCAUUAAUUGACCGCACAGAAUGGGAGUCAGUGUCCAAGAUAAUGGAGACUCAUGUCCCCGGGUUUCGUGACGCUAGCAUGGUAGAUUGUAUCGCAUCCUUCGUACACCAGGUUGCUAUCGUGCAUUAUUGCGAUCAUGAGACUUUCCUUCGAUUCUUUGCCCGCCAGUUCGGCUGCAUGGCGAUCAGAAGUCCGUAUGAGCCAUGGUCCAAUAUUUACCAUUGGGACACCAUAGUUGGGGAAAACCCAGAGGUGAAAUACGUCAAGGAAUUCAGGGACAACCCGGUCAAGCUACUCAGGUCUCGUGAUAUCAUGAGAACAAGAUGCUUUCAAAAUGUGUUCGUGGAUUUUAUCCCGGAUUGGAGCUUAGACCUUCGUCUUAUUUCAACCAAACACAAGUUUAAUCCCCAAACCGAGCAAUCCGCUAUCGAAGCAUCUCGCCAAUGGAAACUGAACCUAAAAGAUCUCGAUUCUCAACUUUCCCAAACCGAGCCUCCAAUUGUCGUGCCACUUCCGCCACCGGAUGCGAUUGAUUCCUACACAGAGUCGCGUGGUGGCGCUGGAGAGGGAGAGCUAGGAAGGUCAACCAACAUGCAGCUCAUCCCGGUCAACCAGAUGAUUAGGUCUGUGUGUUUCUAAUGAACACUCACGCAGUGUGUUGUAUUUAUGACUCCUAUAACAGUAUAAUAUUUCAUUAGCUUUGACUAUUCGUUUGGUGUUAUUCAGUAUAUAGUUCGGUGGGGUAAGAUGGGACACAUUUUUUCUAUUUUCUUUGUCUCAUUUAGUAAUAAACAAAGAAUAUUUAUAAAAUUAUAUAACCCGAUCCUCGCGAUCCCAUAAACAUGUCAUUAGUUCUUAAAAACACGAUCAGAAAAUAUGAAUUUUAUAUGCUAACGAUAUUCCAUCUUACCCCGCAGAGCUAUAACUUACUAUACAAAGAAUUAAUAAGAACCAUUUUAUUAUAUUUCAUUGUAUCGGGGUAUACGUAAAAACUCACUGUUUCGACGCGGUUGCAGUUAACGGUUUUAAAACAGAUUUAUUAAUUCUGAUGCAUGAGUGUUGUAAAUAGUCACUAUACAGUAGGUUGGGGGAAGAUGGGACUCCUUUCAUUUAAUUUUCUCGUACCAUUUUAUAGUAAUCUAUAAACAUAUUCAAAGAAUUACGAAACUGUAUCUUCACGACUCUCAUAGACCGUUGUUAAUUGUUUAAACACGAUCAGUAGGAUGUUUAAAUAAUAUGUGCUAAAGGUGUCCCAUCUUACCCCUUACUACUUAUAUAUAAACGUGAAUUCUGUUUGUUUUAUUGGGUUUUGGUGGUAAAUAUAUGUAAUGUCGAACUAUAGUAAUGCAUUGCUCUUUGCAUGUAUUUAAUAUUACAGUGCCGUACAAAUCUGUUACGAAAAGCGUAUAGCCUAUUGUAUUAACACAAGAACAUUGCAUGUUGUUUUCCAUAUAAUCUAUAAACAAUAAAAGGCGAAGCUAUAAGAGGUUGGGAUUUAUUAAACACCAGGGAACUAUGGUCAACAUAAAAGUUAGUUAGCCCAUUUCUUUGUUUAUUUAUCAGCCAAUUAUCUGAAGAACAAGUAAAAUCUGUUUUUGCUGUUGCGAGGUUGUACAGUAUAACAGCCGGUUUAAUUUUAUUUGGUGAUGUGAUUACCCGACAAACACAAUCAAUUCGAAUCGCAAUUCCUUAUUCCAGGCCCACUCAGCAGGUAUAGUGUUUAUUUGAAGAAAAACGCUUCUACAGCGACUGGAAUUUGGCAGCUGUGAGCUAAAGAAAAAUAGUAACGUGUCGUGUAAUUCGCACCACAAUUGUUGCGUCUUAGUUCGUUCGUUAACGAAAAGUGUCCAAUUUCUCACAUAACGAAGUUGUCUCGAAGCGGCGUCGUAAGUCGAGCCGGGCGGCGGACGAGAAGGAAUUCGAUCCUGUGUUUCUCUCUUACGAAAACACAAUGCUCGACACUCCCGCCAUUUGUUCUCCUUUGAUGUGAUAAUUGCUAAAACUGGAACUUUCUUUUCUUCGAGUGACGCUGGUCCAUUGAUUGCCGCGAUUUCUGCGGGUAAGUCGAUACCGUGGCUGUUCUCAUAUGCUUUGUUACUAGCUGUGUGAAACGGCAG